UAUGAUCAGGCUCAACACAGGAGUUUCCUUGUUAGAAAAAGCUAAGAGCACGCAGUCAUAGCACUGUGGGGGAAUCUGAAUUUGACACAGAAUUUAGGAUAUUUAUAUAUUUUGGGGAAAUUUACAAUACGUGAGGAUUCAAAAUGUAUUUUGUCGUAGUUUUGCUCUUGUUUGGGACACUUUCAACGGUGAACAGUGAGACAUUGUCGCUGAACUACAUCUACACGGCCCUCUCAAAGCCAGUUGAAUUGCCUGGUAUCCAUGAGUUCACUGCCAUGGGCCUGAUGAAUAAUAGACAGAUCGAUUACUAUGACAGUGUGGAUAAGAAGAAGAUUCCCAAACAGGACUGGAUGAGGGAGAAGCUGCCAGCAGACUACUGGGAAAAAGGCACUCAGUCACGCAAGAGCAAGGAGCAGUGGUUCAAAGUAAACGUUGACAUCCUGAUGAACCGCAUGAGGCACAACAACACUGGUGUCCACAUCCUUCAGUGGAGGCAUGGCUGUGAGAUUGACAAACAGCCAGACGGCACAUUGAAAUUCAUAAAGGGCACUGACCAAUACAGCUACGAUGGUGACGACUUCCUGGCCUUUGACGAUGCCACUAUGCAGUGGGUGGCCCCAGUUGAUCAAGCUCUGCCGACUAAGAGGAAGUGGGACGGGGUGCAGAUCCUCAACCAGUACACCAAGGGCUACCUGGAGAAGGAGUGUGUGGACUGGCUGUCCAAAUUCAUGGAAUAUGGGGACAAAGAGGCUAAUAAGCACUCACCUCCAAAGGUCUAUGCAUUUGCUAAAAAAGCCAAAAUUGCAGGACAUAUUCGACUGACCUGCAUGGCCACAGGUUUUUAUCCCAAAGAUGUACUAAUGCAUAUUAAGAAGAAUGGCGUCCAAUUGACCAAACAAGAUGGAGUGCACUCUGACGGAGUCUUACCCAAUGAUGAAGAGAGCUACCAGAUCAGGAUGAGUGUGCAGAUUCCAGAGGCAGACAAGGAAACUUAUGAAUGCUUUGUCAACCAUAGAACGUUGAAGGAUCCAAUUGUGGUCAAAUGGGAUGGAAAAUGCUGUGAUUGUAGCCAAGGCACAGUUGUUGUCAUUGUUGCUGUUGUUGCGGUGGUCCUCCUGUUAGCCUUGGUUACCUCACUUUUGAUUCUUUGGAGGAUAGGCACAAUAUGUGCUGGUCAAACAGGAGCUCUAAAGCCUACUGGGAAUCAGGCACCUCUGAAUGUGACAAAAGAUGGCGCUAGCAGCACUUCCUCUGACUCUGGUCAAGGCAGCAUUGAACGUCUAGAGAGGGAGACAAUGCUGACAAAUGGAGUGACAAAAGAUGGCGCUAGCAGCACUUCCUCUGACUCAGGUCAAGGCAGCAAUGAACGUCUAGAGAGUGAGGUAAUGCUGACAAAUGAAGCCAUUGGGGAGUGACUGACAACGCAUUCAAAUCCAGCAAAGAACGUGUGAUUUUGUUUUGUUAAUCAGCAAAUCUUGUCAAUCUAGAUGUGGUCAUUCCCAUGCAUUGAUCAUUUUGAUCAGGUUGGCUUGGAUAUGAAAUACUUAUUUAUUAACAUUUUGAUAUUUUGAAUAUCAUAGUGGAAUUCUUUGUUUGAUUAAAAUGUACCAAAUUAUUUUUCAACAAACGGAAUGACCAUUUUAAUUUAUUGUAUCGGAACCAUUAGUCUAUUUGUAUUGCACAGUCGAUUAAAAUGGUUGAUUAUUUUAAACUAGAAACCAAUCUUUGCACGCACAGAAACACACACAGAAACACAUAUACACACACACACACACACACACACACACACACUGAACUGCUUUUUAAAUAGGUUUUGUUUUUUAUGGAAAGUAUAAUAAAUUAAUAAUUAAUACAGGACUGCUUUGAUGAACAAAUGUGAAAGCCUCAGUAGCACUUAUGUGUUCAACAAUGCAUUCCACAUUUGACUGUUCCAAACAUUAUGGGACCCCUGUUGUGCUUUUGAGUCAUUACAAUAAUAAAAGAUACCAAUGAAUAAAGGUAAGAUUAUGCGCAUAUUGCAUGAAGUAGGCCUAGCUACAAUUACAGUUUACACAACAAACCAAACUUGUUUUACCACGUUCCACGCAGAAAGACUGGAGUUCACCUGAUAGAGAAAGCGAAGGUGCACUGUUGUCGGACUGCAUCUCACGUGGAAAUUUGACACAGAAUUGAUUUACACUAGUCCUAUUAUUAUUAUUUUCGCGACAUUCAACAUUCAUGUGAGCAUUCAAAAUGUAUUUUGUCGCACGUUUGUUCCUUUUUGGGACACUUUCGACAGUGGACUGUGGGUAAGAAUAUGUAUUUAUCUGUAAUGUUGCUAAAAGUGAAAGUAAAGUGUUUUUUUUUGGGCCAAGUUGCUACGUUUUCUUUUCGUUUUCAUGUGGACAAAUUAUUAUUAUAGAGGCACAUUUCAAGGAUUUAUGUUCAAUUGUGUCAUGUGAAAAUUGAAUGUUUUGUUAAGUUAUUUAUUAUUCUGUUAUAUCGUUAUUCUGAAUGAGUUACUUACUUAGUAACUACAAUUUAGUUGUUAAAACUGUAUAGGUAAUUAGGCUACAAUGUUUAUCUUGUACCUGUUGCUGCCAAAUUCCAUUGACUGUACCUGAUUGCACACCUGUGAAAACCAUCUAAUCUGGCAACAUAAAUGGACAGUUUGAUUGGUUGGAAAUGCUAUGGCGCGAUUAGCCUACAGUGUCUAAUUUCGUUGAUCCAGGAUCAGUUUUAGUUUGGUUUCUUUCAAUAACCAUUGUAGGCAAAGUGGUGAACAAAAAUGUAAGGAUUAUUAAAGGACAACUCAACCCAAAAACUAUAUUUUGGUAUUUGUUCCAUUGUUGACAUAGUUUCAAAAUGUUUUGCUUGUCAGCGAUCAAGUUUUCAAGAUAUGUAAGUUUCAAAAUACAGAAAUCAUGCCAUAUGAUGCAUGUGAAAAACUUGAUUGCUGACAAGAAAAACAUUUUGAGACUAUGUCAACAAUGAACUAAUGAAACAACUACCAAAAUAUAGUUUGGGGGUAGAAUUUUCAUUUAAAAACAGGAAAUGCAUUUUUAUCACUCUACAUAGCCUACUGUAGAUAUUUUAGUAAAUCUUCUAAGUACAAUGCAAAGGACAAUUUACUUGACUCUAAGAGCAAUACCAUACCAUAGGUAAGUCAUUCCCUCACUUCUUCUACUUGUUUUUCUUCUCAUAUGUCCAUCUUCUUAUGUGGAAGCAUGGCUGUAAGAUUGACCAACAGAGUGAUGGCACAUUGAAAUUCAUAUACGGCACUGACCAAUAUUAGCUACAAUGGUGAUGACUUCCUGGCCUUUGACGAUGCCACUAUGCAGUGGGUGGCACCAGUCAAUCAAGCUCUGCCGACUAAGAGGAAGUGGGACGGGGUGCAGAUCCUCAACCAGUACACCAAGGGCUACCUGGAGAAGGAGUGUGUGGACUGGGUUUCUAAAUUCAUGGCAUAUGGGGGAAAAGUAUUCAGUAGAGCUGACUCCCCUCCAAAGAUCUAUGUUUUCGCAAAA